AUGCUGCAAGGCCCAGGUCCAGCCUGGCACCCCUCCCACCCAGCUCAUCUUGCAGAUCUGUGGCCUGUUCCUCUCUCUAAACCCACAGGACAUUAUGGACCCCCGGGGGCCAGGCCCCCAGCCUUUCCAGCGGCCUGAGAAAUCUGGUCGUGUCCGUCGUCGGAAGACAAGGCGGGAGCGUAACGAGGCCCUGAUGGGCAGCCGCCGGCCAUUGACCCAUCAGGAUCCUCCUGUGACCAGUCAGGAUCCACCUGUGGCCCCUACUGUUCCCAAGGUCGUGGUCAUAACGCAGGGCCGGCUGAGCCGGGAGCACCGGGGUCUCUUUAAUCAUGAGGUGAAAUCUCUGGAUGUGGCACGGCUGCUUAGCAGUGGGUCCCUGGAGCCCGGCACCCCUUCACUCCCCACCAAACGCUUCUCAAGCCCAAGCUGGGCCCAAGAACCAGCUCCCCAGUCAAGGGGCAAGGAGAACCAGGUGCCUAGAGGCUCAGGCCCAGGCCCACCCAGUCCCCCAGAGCUCCCUGGCUUGGGGCAGCUGCUGGAGGAGCUGCAGUGCCAGUUGAUUCUGCCACAGGCCUUCCCCAGGAGGAACCUAGUGCAGGAGGCCAGGGAUGCCAUCGUGGGCACUUUACAGGCCUGCCAUGGCUGCGUGCCUGACCUUACCCUGGUGCUCCGUGACUGCCAGCCACCCUUACCAGGGACCAAGCCUGGGGGCCCUGAAAGACGAAGGAUGACACCCUCCUGGAUCAACAGCCCAGAGCAGGCCCCAGGGGAGAGGAGGCAGAGGAGGCAACAGAGGACAAAGGAGCUCACUUUCUCCAUGCCUCACACCUCCAGCACUCCCCUGGUGCACAGGGUGAGCCUGGUGCCACCAAAAGGUCCCUGGCCACCGCCUUUGCCCUUGUUGCCUUCGCCAUCUGGGGCAGCCUGGGGCCCCCCAACAGCCUUUGACCUACUGAAAAGCAUCUGGCUGGUUGCCACACCUCCCCCUCCCCGGCCCUGGGGGGUCGGCCCACAGCAACCCCUGCCUCAGCCACCAUCACCCUUGUUGCCCCGAACCUCUGCCCUGGAUUGGAGCCCCAGCCCUCCUGCCCCACUGCCCAGCCUCUCCUGGGUGGUGGCCCAGAGCAGCCCAGAGGCCUGGUCCUUUCCACCUAUGAGACUGUACUGA